UGACCAAAUCCUUCCGGGACCCUUCGGCAUUUGUUAUUAGUCGGCGUGAUUUGUGUUGGACCCUGCUGCCAUUUCACGCUUAGUAGCUCCCACCUCUUGGUUCUGCGCUGUCGAUUCUCAACAACUGGAGGCCUCAACUCAAUUACUACACACAAGUGUCUUCAACUACGACAGCCACCCAUGCAAGGUAAAGAUCCAGCUGGGUUUUGGGGGUCAGGUGGGUAUGAUUUUUCAGCUCCUGUCAUUAAUCCAGCUCUCGUUCCCCCGGCUCGCAUGUGAGCCAGUAACGCACGACUUUGUUGGCCCGGGCCUAGGCUCUCCCUCUCUUCGUCGGGCGGAUGGCCAAGAAAUACCUGGCACGAACCGCAUCACCAUCGGCCCACGCCAGCUCACCUCAGCCGGUUCUCUCGGCAAUGCGGAUUUCUCUUCUUGGCUGGGUGGCGCUUAAUGGCACUUACUGCCUUGGUCUUGUAUGUGUCUCCUUGAUUUCCAUGUGACCUCUACCAUGUCAAUGUACGAUGCGUCAUGUACCAUGUACGAUAUAUCAUGGCAGAUGUACGAAUACCAUGUACGAGGUACGUCAUGCCAGGGGUGGAGUUGGAGAUAUAGUGCAUAGCAUCAUAGAAAAAUAGCCAAGGAGCCGAACAGUAUGCAUGGUUCGAUAUCUUGAU